AUGACACCUGAGACUUCCGAAUAUGAAGCGCCUCCACGCGCACCAUCCGAUGUAAGAGCCGAGCUCAAACGUCUGCAAGACGAAAUUGUCCUAAAGGCACACCUGAACCUAGAUCGCAUCGACGAUCACGAGCAGGUAGCUAGCCCCGAGUUGCUUGCCGAGUGGAGGCAUGGACCAGGAACAGACUCUGAAUCCGCUCGGUACAAGUUUCUCAUGCAACGCCGCGGUGCUGGUCAAAUCGAGGCGGAUCUCAGACCUCCAGCGCCACCCCCAGUUGAUCCCGCUUCACUCGUGGAAGAAGAGGAGACAGGAGAGAAGGCUUGGCGCUCCGGCAUCACCAGGGACGAUCCGGUUUUCAAAGCUCAGUUUGAGGCGCAGUUCCCUCCAUACAGAGAGUCCGAGUCGACAUAUCCUAGACUGGUUGAAGGCAAGAUUGUUUUGACAUCAGAGCCCAGCGAGGAACAGAAAGCAUUGAGGGAGAAGCACUCCAAGCGCGACAAGGUAGUCCCGGUGUCUUUUGAUGACUCCGAAUUAUUGCUUGCGCGCUGGGAUUAUGCCCCUCGAGUGGACGCCGACCAGCCACAGUGGCGGCGCUCCUUUGAGUCUUGGCUACAGAGAGCGCUUGACUCAUCUCGCGUGGUAGAUGUCAACCGCGUGGCAUUUUUCACCGGGCAGGCUUUGCCAGACGGCACACACGAGAUGUACAGGCCGAAUUGGUCGUAUGAUUGGACUUGGCCUGACCCCGCCGACGAAGACGGGCGUCUGCAUCAACAUGAGACUAGCCAGGGAUAUGUCGACAAUAGGCUGGCCCGCAUCAAGAGGGAUAGGGAGGUGGAAGCACGUCUAGCUCAUGAGCGCUGGCUAGCUGACGUCGAGUUCUACAAGCGUUACCCGAAGCCCGGAGAGACGAGACAAGAUUUGUACCUGCGUCCAGUGGAAGACAGCGAUGUUGAGCAGCUCGCGCGCAUCUUCAACUGGUUUUCAGAAAAUUCCCCAAUGAGCUUGGACAUCGGGGUCAUAAACGAGGAAAUCGUCCGGAACCGCAUCGCAGAUGUCAAGAAAUACCGACUGCCGUUCAUCGUGGCCGUGGAACGUCCUACGCCGGGCGAGGAUGCAGAUACUCCCAGCAAGAUCCUGGGAUUUGCGCUCGCCAUCGACCAUGACGGACCGUGGACCACAGGCCAGUUCGCGGUCAAGCUCGAGUUCUAUCUGAUGCCAAGAGAGCAGCAGCACGGGGUCGGAACCUGCCUGAUGGACAAGAUGCUCUCGGUAUUGGACGACAGGUACGUACCCAAACGUGGAUACCAUUUCCGCUGCUUGCAGGAGGACGACAACGCCUACCGUCCGGGCGGUCUGCGUGACAUGGCUCGAGUCAUCGUGACAUGCAGUUUUCCCUGGUCGGAGCGUGAUCGCUACCAGUACAUCCGCACCUGGCUCCAGCGGAGGUGGGAUUUCACCGAGCAAGGCCACCUGCGUGGAACACGCUUGAAGUUUGAUAGCCACCUUGAUGUGAUUUAUUUAGUUCGCAAUUUGGGCUGA